AGAAUUAUCUGCUCAGGCGCCUAAUAUUGCCCUCAACGCCGACACGGGGAUCACAAGCAGAGGACUCCGGUUAUAGGCAACCAUCGGCGUAAUCUUGCAGUCUGUCGCGAUGUUUCUCCCUAUUGUGGUUAUGUAUUGGUGGAAAUGGCAUAGUAAAGGGCCCACAGUCCCAGCAUAUGCGUAUCCUUGCGUUCUCGCUGGAUCUUGCGCCGUGGUUGCCGGUAUCGCGCUUGUUCCCAUGUCGUGGAAACGGGCACCAUUGAGCGGGCAUUUGUGCCCAACGACUCAAAAAGCGGCAAAGUGGAAUCAAUAUUCCGCCUGCAAAUGGCUUGCAGCGAGCCUACGCUGGCCCAUUUUCCGAGCUCAAGCUGUAUCAGAUAAGAAGUGAGGAGAAGGGAGCGAUGCCAGCAUCGACCUUUCACGUUUGCGGGUCUGCCGAUGGCCUCGACGAGCGUUGCACAUCGGAGUUAUCCA